GACUCGCCUGACUUCGUAGACGCGUUCGGUGCCAGUUUGGAGAAUGGAGGAGUCCUCACCAAGGAUUCGUCCCUAUCUGGAAUGCUGGGACCAGAACGAAGACAAGUACUCGGUGGCGAACAGCCAAGCGCCGUUGCAGGCCGGCGAGGAAGAACACCCGGAACGCGGCACAUGGACGGGGAAAUUCGACUUCCUGUUGUCUCUUCUGGGCUAUAGCGUCGGCCUUGGCAAUGUCUGGCGAUUCCCGUACCUGUGCUACUCGAACGGAGGGGGUGCAUUUCUGAUACCGUUCACGGUGAUGCUCAUUAUCGCCGGACUGCCGCUCAUGUUCAUGGAGCUCUCCUUAGGGCAGUACGCGAGCCUUGGCCCAGUGGCAGCUUACAAACGUUUCUGCCCCCUCCUGCGUGGCUUGGGAUACGGAAUGGUGUUGGUCAGCUCUGUGGUGAUGCUCUAUUACAACCUGAUCAUCGCCUGGACGCUUUAUUACAUCUUCGUCUCGGUGGCCGGAGCUGGUAAACUGCCGUGGAGCAGAUGUGAACCAUCAUGGAGCACCGAGGAUUGCUUCAUGCCAGAAGCUGCGGAAGCGUGUGCGUCUCAAAACAUGAGUUACUUCAAAGCGAAAUGCUUAAACUCUACCCAGAUGGCCUCCAUGGGCCUGACUAUCGAAAACAUCACCAGUGCCAUUAGAAGACCACCGGCUGAGGAAUAUUUUAACAAUCACGUGUUGGGGAUGAGUAGCGGAAUCGAGGAGACAGGUUCCAUACGACACUCGAUAGCAGUGAAUCUCCUGCUAGCUUGGAUCAUUGUCUUCCUCUGUCUGAGCAAAGGUGUUCAAAGCUCGGGAAAGGUUGUCUAUUUCACUGCUCUCUUCCCAUAUGUCGUUCUGAUCGCUCUUUUCAUUCGGGGCAUGCUGCUACCGGGCGCCAAGGAGGGCAUUCUCUUUUACCUAACGCCCGACUGGAGAAGAUUGAUGUCCGCGAAAGUGUGGGGAGACGCCGCGGUGCAGAUAUUCUUCGCCCUGAGCCCCGCUUGGGGCGGUCUGAUAACGCUCAGCUCCUAUAACAAGUUCACCAACAAUUGCUACAAGGACUCGUUGAUCGUCGCCGUCAGCAAUAUCGGCACGUCGUUCUUCGCUGGUUUUGUCAUAUUCUCUGUGAUCGGAUUUUUGGCCUACGAGCUUGACGUGCCGGUCGCAUCUGUCGUCGAUCAGGGGGCUGGAUUAGCGUUCAUUGUCUAUCCCGAGGUAGUUGCCCGGUUACCAGUCGCACCAGUUUGGUCGCUGCUCUUCUUCGUGAUGCUUCUUACCUUGGGUCUCGACUCGCAAUUCGCUCUAAUGGAAACAGUAACCACCGCGAUACUCGACGCUUUUCCGGCAUUAAGAAACUACAAAUCGUGGGUCGUCCUGGCGGCGGCUGUCUUCGGUUACAUUGGAGGAAUUAUUUUCACUACCAAUGCUGGCAUGUACUGGCUGCAAUUGAUGGACAAAUACGCGGCGAAUUGGUCUGUGCUACUAAUCGCCAUAGGCGAGUGCAUCCUCGUCGCUUGGAUCUACGGCGCGGACCGAUUUCUCGACGACGUUCAACAGAUGAUCGGACCACGUAGCCGUCUAUGGAGGUUUUUCUGGACGUGGAUGUGGAAACCUCUGAAAUACGGCGGCUACGUUUAUCCAAAAUGGGCAGACGUUGUUGGUUGGGUCGUUGGUAUGAUUCCAGUUCUGGUCAUCGUUGGAUUGGCCCUCGUUCAGCUGAGGGAUCCUCGACGUCGUUCAGCCUACGACGACGACGACGACGACGACGACGACUUAGACAACAGACCGUCGUACCAGAGACCUGGAAAAAGCAAAACGAAGAAGAGCAAGAGCAAAAGCGUGUGGUGGCGUGCUAAGAUGCUCUUGCAGCCCACUUCUGACUGGGGUCCUGCAGCAAGGAAUCCCUCGACUCCUUCGAGAACUCUCACUCACACGCCUUCGCCAGGGCCGCCAGGAGGAUACGAUUCCGUGAGAGACACCAUAGUUCUGGCGAACGGUCAGCCAUUGAUGGUUCAACCUACGACCACUUCCACCUCUCAGAAGCUUCCUGGGCCAUCGAUCCUCAAGAAUUCUAGCAAAACCGACUUGAUCACAUCCCAACAAGUCUGACACGAUGUUCAUUUUAUCUCUAAAGACGAGUCUGCCGAGAGUUCUAUCGCCAAAAAACCAACACGCCAAUAACAGGCAGUUGAAUAACGCAGACAGGUUGUUGGAUAACGAUCGAUGAUCGAUAUAUCGAGGAGGCGAUCGAACCAAGUAUGACAAACUCGAGUGUUCCGAUAGAAGAAAACAUUCCUAUGGAUUUAUUUUUUUAAAAGAGGAAUAGUCUGUGUAUUUUUUCAUAUAUUAGAACCUCACAAUCUAGUAGCGUCUCGUAUUUUUCAUUACAAUAGAAUCUUCAAUU